GUUGUUCUUGCCUCGGCCCUCUGCCACGUGCUGGUAAGUGACAUCUCGGCCCCCUGGGCCCACGAGCUUUAUGCCACCGACAGCUCUGAUGGAAAGGGGGCCAUUACCAGUGCCCCGCUCUCUCCUGACAUCACCGCUGCGCUGUGGAGGGCCGGCCCGAAGUCUGCCGGGACUGCCCGCCUACUCUCGAAGGAGGAGGCCACCCUCAAACGAGUCUGGCCUGACCGAGAGGAGCCUUCGCUUCGGCUUAAUACUACGUCCUCUCUGAAGAGGCCUCCCGCCUGCCGCUUCCACUUCCUUGAGCUGUGGGGGGCCUCCUGCCCUAUCUCCCCAUGGCUCAUCGCUCUGGGUUGGACGGUAGGGCCCUGCCUGGAUCCUGCGAUCUCUGUCGAAUAUGACCUCUGCUCCCGUCGGGUCUUCGAGUGGAUUUCCUUUCUUCUCGAAUGCGGCCGGGUUGAUGCCCUUGGUGCUUCUUUGCCGCUCGCCACCUUCAGCCCCGUUGCCAACGCCAACACCUACACCCGGCGUGUGCUUGGACUUUUGCGGCUGUGCUCGCGCCUCGGCGUCCCUGCGGUGCUCCUGCAUCCUGCUGCUUCCUUCGCUCCGCUGCUGCCGGCCUGGCGUUCCCUCCUCUCGGCCGGCGUCGCAUGCCAGGAGGAGGUUCCUUGCGGCAACGGUUCAGGGCCGAUCGUCCUCCUCCGCGCUUGCCUGCCUUCCCUUAGCGAAGCCUCCCCGCAGUGGCGGCUCGAAACCCUGGCUGAGCAUGCCGGAGAUGGGCCCCGUGAGAAGGCCGUGCGGGUUGCUGCCGCUCUGCUUGACCUAGGUCUCGCACGGCGCUCUGCCGCCCUCUCCUCAGCCUCGCUCUCUUCCGAGGGCCUUGAGUCACCUUUUGUGAAUGACCUCGCUUUGUCUCUGCCCUGGAAGGUCGAGAGAGCCUGGUCUUGGCCUCGCCCCGUGCACAUAAACAUCCUUGAAGCCUCUUGUGUCUACCGUCUUAUCUGUGACCUUGCUCGAAAGGCUGGCCCUCUGAGGUUCGUUAGCCUCUGCGACAGCAACGUCGCAAAGAGCGCCAUCAUGAAGGGCCGCUCCCCUUCCCGAGGCCUCUCCCCUGUCCUGAGGCGCAUAGCUGCUGUCAGCAUAGCGUACGGCAUCAUCCACAGUUUGGCCUUUUGCCCCACGCGCUUCAUGCCUGCCGACCACCCUACCAGGGACAACGUCAUCCCGGCCCCGAGUGCCAGCGUGAUCCCCGACCCGCUCUCGCCCGAGGCCCUGCGUGCUCUCGUUGGACUUCCUCCCUUGCGUCGAUGGGCCGCUGGCUGGGUUCGACUCAUACUUGGGCUAGGGAUAGCCGUUACCGAGCUCACCGAAGCCCCGGGGACCAACGACGUUGAUGCGGUGAACUGUGUUCUGACCCGCUAUGGGCGGGAGCUGUACCGUUCAGGCCGCCCCUACUCCCACUACAGCGAGCUUGUCAACGCCUACUCGGCUAGGGUCCCAAAGCUCAGAAGGUUGCUUCAGCCCGCGUGGGACCUGGCUUUUUCCUGGAAACGUGCUGAGCCGGGCCGGCAUCACAUCGCUAUGCCUUGGCAGAUCCUCCUCGCCCUCGUCACCACUGCCUUCCUUUGGGGAUGGCCGCGCACAGCUGGAGUACUUGCACUCACCUGGGGUGGGCUUCUUCGUAUCGGCGAGGCCCUGCUGGGAGCAAAGCGAGCAGACCUCAUGCUCCCCACGGACGUGUGGGACACUAUAGACUUCGCCUUCCUGACCAUCAGGGAGCCAAAAACCAGGUACUCGGCUGCUAGGCACCAAUCGGUGCGGAUAGACCAGCCCGACAUCUUGAAGAUCGUCACGCUUGUUUUUCGUGGUCUCCGACCUUUCGAAAAGUUGUGGCCCUCUUCGGGUCAGACCUUACGUACACGCUUUCGCCAGCUCUGUGGCGCCCUGAAGCUGCCGUGUGGUUGGUCCGGAGCGACUCCAGGUCUUGAACUGGCGUCGCUCCGCGCUGGCGGGGCUACCUGGCUGCUCAUGCAGAACGAGGACUCUGAACUGGUGAGACGGCGGGGCCGCUGGCUCACGGCAAAGAUCAUGGAGAUCUACAUCCAGGAGGUCUCGUCGAUCCAGUUCCUCCCUUCGUUAAAGCAGGAGACAAAGGGCCUCAUACAGGCUGCUUUGGAAGCCUUCAGUGACGUGCUCCGUAAGGUCGACUUCUUUGUUACCACGGGCAUUUUGCCCCAGGCGUGGUAUAAACUGUUUGCAGCGAGGAUGAUCGCGACGACGUGGGUGGGCGGAACGGGUGGAGCUGCAGAUUUGAAUGUGCCAAAACAUCGGCACUAA